AUGUCGGGCCCGUUCGAGCUCUCGGUGCAAGAUCUCAACGACCUGCUGUCGGACGGCAGCGGCUGCUACAGCCUCCCGAGCCAGCCCUGCAACGAGGUCACCCCGCGGGUCUACGUCGGCAACGCGUCUGUGGCUCAGGACAUCCCAAAGCUGCAGAAACUGGGCAUCACCCACGUCCUGAAUGCUGCGGAGGGCAGGUCCUUCAUGCACGUCAACACCAACGCCAACUUCUACAAGGACUCUGGCAUCACCUACCUGGGCAUCAAGGCCAACGACACACAGGAGUUCAACCUGAGCGUCUACUUCGAGAGGGCGGCAGACUUCAUUGACCAGGCCCUGGCUCAGAACAAUGGCCGUGUGCUGGUUCACUGCCGCGAGGGGUACAGCCGCUCCCCAACUCUCGUUAUCGCGUACCUCAUGAUGCGCCAGAAGAUGGACGUCAAGUCUGCCCUGAGCAUCGUGAGACAGAACCGUGAGAUCGGCCCCAAUGACGGGUUCCUGGCCCAGCUCUGCCAGCUCAAUGACAGACUAGUCAAGGAGGGGAGGCUGAAACUCUAG